AUGAAGGUCCUUCUUGUCGGCGCAGCUGGAAACCUCGGUCAGCGACUUGUUGCUGCACUGCUUACACAUGGACACGAAGUCGUCGCAUAUGUUCGUUCCUCCAACAAACUCGAAGCCCUCCUUCCAGCAAGCGUAUACACCAAGAUUGCUGUGGUUGAGGGAAAUGCCACAGACACGGCCUCCAUUAAGCGUGCUAUACUUGAGAACGAUUGCGAAGCUGUCGUCAACACUGCUGGUGUAGCAGCCAUGCCGCCUUGGAAGAGAAACAACCUGCCAGAGAUCUUCUCCGCCGUCCUCAAAGGCACGCAACAAGCUGGAUCAGAAAGAAACCAUCCUCUGCGGAUCUGGCUUCUCGGUGGCUUGGGCGUAUUGAACUUUCCUGGCACAGAGAUCAUGCUCUCGAACUACAUCCCCAUCUAUCUCGAACAUCGUCAGAACAUCAAGCUCCUCAGAGCUUUGCCACCUCACUCGGUGGACUGGUCUCUGCUUUGCCCCAGCAAUAUGACAGCCGAGAACGCCGAAGUCAGCGUGCCGGCGAAGUCCAUCCACCAUAAGUUGACGGCCGAGGCCGCGUCGCCACCGUUGUGGAGAGACUCAUGGGUAAAACACAUUCCGCUCCUCGGAAAGGCCAUCUUGGCUGGCAUGAACGCUCCAAGGUACGAGACCACUCUGGAGCAGAACGCCGAUUUCAUCGCAAACGACUUGAGAGACCGCGAGAGCCGUUGGAUUGGGGCAACAGUUGGAGUCAUCAAUGCGGCGCAGGCGAAUUAA